GAGGCAGACGGCCGGUGUGCGGGGAGACUAGGGAAACUUGGUACGCAACGGGCGAAGACAAUUUUGUAUUAGUUGAUAAAGUAUAUAGUGUUAAUACUGAACAAAUUAGUGAUUAAAUAUUAAAAUGAAUGUUUUAUCGCAGUCAAUAUUCCUCCUCGGCCUGACAACAGCAACGCCAGGGCUGUAUCGCUACAACGAUACCAUGAGCACCAACCAUCGGUGUUCCCUCAUAGAGUUCACGACGUGGGCCGCGUGCGAGCAGACGGAGCAACAACUGCUGUGCAAGGGCGGCAUAUCCAACCGAUGGAUGAAGGGGAUACAGUAUAAAGUCACAUCAUUAAUUCUAACGGACUGGCCCGGUUCCUGCCUCAACAUAGGAAGACUUCAGCAGCAUUUCCCGGAGCUACAGGCGCUGCAUUUGCUCAACUGCUCACUGUUACACACGUUCAAAGGACAUUUCGACGAGAGCAGUAGAAUCGAGACAAUAGAAAUGCAUGGUCUUACGUCGCUAUGGGAGGUGCCACCCGAGAUCAUAGCCCAAAUGCCAGCUCUGAGGAUAUUGGACAUCAGAGGGAACGUUCUACGGCACAUGAAAGCGAGGCUUCUUAAGGACCCUGCGCGGUUGGAGCACGUUUUUCUGAGCGAUAACAAAUGGGACUGCAGCGAUGGAGGGCUAGACUGGCUGGCAAUGGAAAGAGACAACGACACGGUGAAGAGGAAGAUAGUAGAUUACUACAAACUCAUGUGCCACCAGCAGCUUUACAGAGGAAAGCCGCUGCAUAAAGUUAUGGACUUCAUUAGAAUGGUUCGCCAGACCUGUCCAGAGCCCUGUUCCUGCGUGAUGACGUACGUAGCAGAGGACAAGCAUGGCGGACUGAUCCCCAUCAUAACGGCCAACUGUACACAGAUGGGGCUAGAGUACGCACCGGACACACUGCCACCUGGCACCACCACCGUCCGGCUCGAAGGGAACAAGAUCAACUCAAUAGGGACGCUGCUCCAGAACCCCUACUACAAGAAAAUAGCGGACCUCUACUUGGACAACAACAGCCUUUCUACGGUGAAGGAGCUGGAAGGCUCAGAGUGGUUCAACACUUUCAGGCUCCUGAGUUUGAAAGGGAAUUUACUCAAACAGAUUCCCGUGUACGCGUUCGACAAAGCGUUCCAAAGCAACAACAACAUAAUGCACGUGUUCCUCGGUGGUAACCCGUGGCGAUGUGACUGCCACUUCAUACCACGGUUUAAGACGCUCCUUCUUAAGUAUAAGCGGGUGAUACAGGACCUUCCUGAUAUACGGUGCUCGCAGUCUGAUGACAAGACUUUAUCGCUUGUGCAGAUCAGCACAUUGCCUCUGGGAAGAGUCUGCCGGAGCGGUCCCGAGAUGCCGAUAAGCACCAUAAACAUAGUCAAUGUGACUCUGGCUACCCUCUUAUUUAUAGUCAUUGGGAGAUUUCUGUACGACUGGCAUAGUUUUAAAAAUACGGGGAAGUUACCCUGGAUAUCCUCUAUUUUACCUUGAUGAAGAGGCACUCUAGCCAAGCGUGCAACCGUUGACGCAUAUCGUUUCGUAGUUUUAUUUAUCUAUAGUUCUUCUGUAUUGGCGUGACAGAGCCAUUAGAAAGGAGCGUCAACAAUUGUGCUUGGCUAGAUGUCUAGAGGGCCUGUAACUGCGUUCCUAAUGUUGGAAUAACAGAUCGUGCGUCAUGGACUGUUUACAUAAAUGGAGGUGUUAACAUAUAGAACGAUAAUAGGUACCCUGUCGGAGGAUUAGAGGGAUACUUCUAGGAUAGUGGGAACGUGGCCUUAAAGUAACUAUCAUAUUAUCUACCACGAGAUUUUGACAUUUUCCAACAUGAAACUCCACCACCCGCCGUCUUCAGUUUCCCGUGAUCAUGAUGCAUGUAACUGCGUCGAAAUAUCGGGAGCUUAAUAAAAAUCAAAAAGGUUAUCAUAAUCACGGUCUAUAUCCCGGUCAAUAUAAGUCUAAUGAAACUAACCGUGAACAUAGAUUAAUUAUAAGAAGAUCAUGCCAUCCCAUACAUUAAAAUGCGACCGCCUAAGAACGCGCAUACACUACACCACACAUAGAUGGCGCC